CUGCCAUACCGAAAUCGCGAUAGUGGGGGUUUGCUACGCGCAUCUCUAGUGAGUAUACAUCUAACAAAUUUUCCAUCGCUAUACGAAUUCGCUGUGAAGCUUGCAAAAAUACGUUCUCAUGAAAAAAUGGAACUAGCCAGAAAAUUGCGUGAAAGCGGAUGGCACCUAACGGACGACGGCAUCAAGACUCUCACCGCCGCUGUGGGGGGCGAGGACACUCGCAAAAUUAUUGAUGAGGCACUAAACCGCGAUAUCCGCGACAUUGGCGGUGGAGCUCUACCUGUUAAGCGCGACGAUGCCCCUAUUUCCGGCUGCAUUGUACUGCAGGUUCAGCGGGUCCGUAAUAUUGCGGCUCCCAAGUGCAACGAAGAGUCAAAGACGGCGCCACGCCUCUUACAACUGGACUUGACCGAUGGCCAGAAUUGCAUACAGGGUCUGGAGCUGGAAUCUGUUCCGGCGCUCAAUCUGAACGUGGCGCCCGGCUCAAAGAUCUACUUCAAGGCGGAGAAGCUGCAGCUAAUGCAGGGAUUCCUCCUGCUGCGUCCCAAUGAACUGCAACUGCUGGGUGGUCGCGUCGACGCAAUGUACGAGAAGUGGGAUCUGGCCCGCACCAUGCUCAAAUAUGCUCGAAGCGGGCGUCCGUUGAACGGAACGUCCGUGCCGCCGCCCUGGGUGGCCUUUGGCAAGAAAUUCGACUCGACGACCGACCGCAAUUUUAGGAGCCACGCCUUAAGCGAUAAGGACAAGCCGGCCAGAGAGAACGACGAAUUCAAUGCUAUGCGCAGUGAGGCCAUUGCAGUGGCCACCAAAGCCGGUGGCAAGAAGGUCUUUGGUGGCGGUGGCCAAAACAUCGUAGACCACAACAUCAAGAAGAUUCUCGACAAGGGUUUCUCCGAGGAGGAGGCCAGAAGCGCCCUGCACGUCACCCGCAACAAUUUGGAGAGGGCUCUGUUCAACCUCAAGCGCCGCAAAGAUUCCGGCAGUGGGCCCGUCGAAAUGGACGUGCGUCUUGGUCGCAGUGAAAGGCACGGCAGAGAUGGCAAACGAGGCGCCAGCAGCAAAGAUGAAGCCGAGGCAGCCAAACCAGCAGCCAAUGCCACUCUCUUCGAUUUUCUCACAACUAAACUGCCCGCAACGGAGGCAGGCACAAGCGUCACCGCCACCGAAUCCUCCGCUGUCGCAUACACUGCCAACAGCUCAGUAUUUAAGCAAUUUGGCUCCCGGUUCGGGGAAUCUUCAACGGCUAACAAAUUUUCAGACCGUUCUCGCUUCGAGAACAAUGUCUCGAGCAGCUUUGCCGCUAAUCGUGGCGGUUACUCUGGCCCAGGUCGUGGCGGGGCGCGUAACAGAGGCGGUGCGCGAGAUGAACGUCCGCCCAGAGAGGAGCGACCGGCACGAGAUGAUCGCCCCCGUCGGGAGGAGCGGCCACCUAGAGAUGAUCGUCAACCGAGGGAUCGCGGGGGUGCAUUAAAUGACCGGGGCAGUGGACGCAACAAGCCAGAGCAGGCACCAAUAAAAAAUUCCAAUCGCAAUGGCCCAGAAAAUCCACCAAUAAAAAGCAAUCCAGAGGUCAAAUCUGAGCCGGAGGCUCCGAAUUCCAAGGACCAAGCUGCUAACCGUCGUGGGAGUGAGCGUCGGGGAGGCGGCUCAUUGCGUGUUGAGAAUGGAACUGGCAACAGACGACGGCCGCAGCAGGGAAUUAAUUCGGGAGCAGGAGCUGGAGUUGCAGCAGCUAAGCCAGAGCCUAAGCAGCAGAACUAUUCGGGUGAGGACUUCAAUUCGCGCCUGAACAAAGUCACCGAAGACACUGCAAAUCUUAAAGUGAGUGCACCGAAGCGAGAGAGUCAACCACGCCGUCAGCGAGGCCAAGGACAGCCGAACCGUCAGCGAACGGAGUCUCCGCAAACUGCACAGGGUUCACAGCCUUACCAGAAGCCCGAAAGGGCCCCGCAGACACCGAGGCAGCAGCAUCAGAACCAUCAACCCCAUUAUAAUCCAUUCAAGCAAUCAAUUGCCAACUACAGUCAAUUGCCCAACGGGUAUACAUAUGAUCCCAGCAAGAUAAUGGGUUUCCAGAGCAAGGAGACAAACGAGUUCGCAAUGAGCCUGCUGAAGAGUCAGGGCACGGGUGCCUCGGCUGCUCCAGCGGAGUCGAAGGCAGUCCAAGAAGUUCUGCAAGUAGCAAGUCAGCCGUCUCCGCCGUCGCUUUUUGCCGGCAUCAAUCCUCAGCCACGGGCGGUGACUCCUGCAGCGGCACCCCAGCAAUUUGGAAUGUUGCCCUGCGAUGGAUGGAUGUGGGAGAAGGGCGACUUGUGCAUGGCCAAAUACUGGGAUGAUGGGCGCUAUUAUGAGGCUGAGAUAACGGGAGUCUCGGAUAAAACUUGUGUGGUCUUCUUUAUGGGCUACGGAAAUCAUGAGGAGGUCCUCAAGGGCGACAUUCUGCCCAUAACAGAUGCCCAGAAUAGGCCCCUGAGUAAUGUGCAGCAUGGGGCACCGCAGCCGCUGCAGGAGCAGAACCAGCCCCAGCAUCAGUUGCAGCAGCAGCACUCGCGUUACCGCAGCGAUCGCCAGGCCCAGCAGCAGCAGGUAUAUGUGCCACCGCAUAAAAGAGAACAUUGAAAAAGUCUUUGAAUACACUUAUAAAUCCAUUGAAAUUUUUCGAAUAAAUAACUUUACAGUGUAUUCAAAUUA